AUGCUGUGGGCGAUGCUGCCCGCAGCUGCUGCGAUGAAGCUCGCACAGGAGUCGAACGCCUCUGCGAUGGAAGGCACAGGCGGCCUUCAGAGCUCGGCUCAGCUCAAGACUGCAGCUCUCAUCGAUCGUUCCUCGUCCGCUCAGAAGGGAGCUGUGUCUCGACAGCAAGAGCUCGACGCCGCCGUGUCGGCGAAGCGGAUCCCGAUCGUCUCCGAUGUUGGGGAUGCCAUGGCUUCAGGAGGCGAGGCCUUUGUGGACGGCGUGUCCUCUGGAGCCGAGGUGGUCGGCAACGAAGUUGCGAGCGCCGGUACCGCAACCCUGAACACGCUUGAAGAUGCAGGCAUGACGGUUGGCACCGCUGCUGCAAACGGAGCCACGGUCAUCGGGAAUGGAAUUGCCGAAGGGGCCGAAAGCACCUUCAAUGCCGUAGCACCGCACGUCGUGAGCUUUGGGAAUAGCCUGGGAGAAACGGCAGUUUCAGUGGGCAACGCAGUGGUCGAGGUCGGGGAGAUGGUCGCAGACGAGACGGUGACACUAGGAGGUGCGGUGUUGGAUCACGCCAAGAAAGGCGUUGAGCAAGGAGUCAAAAUGGUCAACAAAGUGGGGAAGGCGAUUGGCGACAAGAUGACAGAGCUGGGAAACGAGGUCGCCAAGCUUGGGCCAAUCAUUGCAGGACUGGCGAAAUCCGCUUGGAAUGAAAUCAAAGACUUCGUCAGCUGCCUUGCAGAAGGCUUGACACUCUGCUCCGUCUUGAUCGGUGAGUAUUGCGACUGCAACGCAGGUAGCUACAUCAAGUUCGCGAACGACGGCAUGGAAAUGCGAUGCGUCUUCAAGGUGGCCGCUGACUUCGGGAAGGGCUACGGGGUGACAGCGACUUCGGGUGGGCAGUUCGGCGUGAUUACCGAGAGCGGCGUGAUCACGCUUCCUGGAGACGAGCUCGAACAAAGCUUCAAAGCAGCGGGGUCACCUUUGAAAGCUCGCAAGGCCAUGGACGACUUGUUAUCGCCGGCACCAUCAGGGUCCUGCGAAACUAGCCUAGAGGUGGCUGUUGAUGGUGUGGUGCAAUUUGCCCCGGACCUAACCGUCUCCGUGAACAAGGAUGGCGACACCAAGAUGACGAUCAGUGGAACCGUUCGUUCAUCGAUUGAUUCCCUGGUCAGGGGGCAGGGCAGCUGCUCCUUCACGGCUGCGAAGCACUUUCCCAAGAAGCCCCUGAAGAAGGUCAUCUGCGCCAAAGCCUUCUGCCUGGUCAUCGCGCUACAGAUGGUCGCUGAGCUGGAGAUGACAGGGACACUCACCGGAACCAUCACGACCUCCUCCGAAGUGGACUUCAACAUCUAUGGCACCGUGGACGUGAACCCCAGGGGUGAGGCCGAUGUCUCAUUCAACACCCCGGAGAUCACGCAUCAGGAGGGAUGGGCGAUUGGUGCCAGUGCAUUGGCCUCCGUGCGCGUGGGUGCCGGACCCGUCCUCACGGUCUGGCCCAUGCCCGGCGUGCCGGUGAAUUUCAAGCCCAUGUUCAACGCGCAAGCCCAAGCCCAGGGUACUCUGGAGUACAAGUCGUACGUUUCACUCCUCCAGGACUCUCAGCGUGUCUUGGCUGCGACAGACUCCAACAUGACCUCCGUCGUCAGCGAGAACAUGACGUUGGCCUUGGACAGAGCCCCGAGGGAGCUGAGCAUGUGCAAUGCCGCUGCGUUGUCGAUCUACGCCGACGCCGACAUCACGGCCUUCGCGCUGCCGCCCGCCAUCCGUGGCCAUUUCUCGACCAACGUCAUCAAGGAGGCCCUCGAGAAAGCCGUGAUGGCCGGUGCCACAGCCCUGUUGAACAUGAUGAAUGGCGUGGCGAAGUGCGUGCCCGGCAUGGACAAAGUGACGGAGAAAAUCAAUGCCGCGGCCACCGCCGCCAAAGGCGUGCUGUCCUCUCUCAUCCCCAGCAUCAACCUGGACUUCAAUCUCAAGUCCAUUGUGCUGAUGGCCCCUGAGACGUUCUGGUGCAAGGAGGUCUACACGACACCUGGCUUCGAUACCGCUCCCUGUGCGGCGGAGCUCGGGUGCAAGACCGCUGGACGUUCCUCCGAACCUGGGAGCGAAGUACCUCCACCCGAGCAGUUCGAAAAGGUUGAAAGGCGGAUUCAAUAUUCGGACACAUGCUACGAUAUCCCCAUGGGAGAUCACUUCAUUCAGCUUGGAGAUUGGCGCCUGGCUGCCAUUGACUACAACCACUUUUCGAUCUCACACAGGGGGAGGAAGACGGCGCAGAUCUUCCGGAGCGAUGGCACCCUACACCCCGGUCCUCGCACUGACUGGGGCGCAUGGCACUUGCCUGUGCUGCCGCAUGGCUCCGCCAAGGGAAUCGCGUUCGGAUUCGAGUUCAUGCAGAUCGGUGCUUUCCGUCUUGGUGCAGUGGACGACAACCACUUUUCAAUCGCGCACAAAGGCGGAAAGACCAUUCAGAUCUACCGUCAGGAUGGCACGCUGCAUCCCGGACCUCGGACCGACUGGAGCACCUGGGAUCGCCGGGUGGGAAAUCCGGUGGGGAUCACAUUCGGGGACAGGUUCGUGCAAAUGGGAAAUUUCCGGAUUGGGGAUGCUGACGGAGGCCACUUCCUGGUGUCCCACAUCAACGGAUGGACGUGCCAGAUCUACCGUUCGGAUGGCACCCUACACCCUGGGCCUCGCCGGGACUGGGGCCCUCGGAUUUUGCACCGAAAGCCCAUGAAGUGGGGCUGCGAGGGCAUCACAGAGAUGGCCUUCGGGCCCUGUGAUUCGGACUUCGGAACGUUCGGUGACCGCUUCAUCCAGCUCGGGCAGUGGCGCAUUGCGGCCAUUGAUGCCAAGCACUUGUCGGUGUCGCACAAAGGUGGCAGAACCGCCGAAAUCUACAGGGACGAUGGCACCCUUCACCCCGGACCCCGCUCGGAUUUCGGCUCCUGGGGCCGUCCGACCGGCUUCCCCUACGGCAUCACCUUCGGGCCCGGCUUCGUCCAGAUCGGCAACUUCCGCUUGGCAGCGAUGGAUGACAACCACUUCACCGUCUCACACCGAUGGCAUGGUGGGAGGACGGCACAGAUCUACCGGAGCGAUGCCACCCGGCACCCUGGGCCAAGGUCGGACUGGGAUGCCUGGGGCCUCAGCGCGGGGCCGCCUACUGGCAUCACUUUCGGGGAUCGCUUUCUUGAGAUUGGGAAGUUCCGCCUCGGUGAUGCGGACGGAGGACACCUGGUCUUGACCCACGAGAACGGCAAGAUCCUUCACAUCUUCAGAAACGAUGGCCACAACUUCUACCACCAGACAGGCCACGCCGCCAUGGUGAACAACCGCAAUCUGCACCAGCACUGCAGGAGCAUCUAUGCGGUCCUGGGCUCUUGUCCCGGAAUUGCCACGGGUGAGAACUUCAUGGAGAUUGGGGACUGGCGCAUCGCCGCCAUUGAUGGCAACCACUUCUCUGUGUCACACAGGGAUGGCCAGACUGCUCAGAUCUACCGCAGCGACGGGACCCGCCAUCCCGGGCCCCGCACGGACUGGGGUAGCUGGGGUUGGGAGCCCAAGAAAACCGGCUCGCACGGAAAGGUGCAUUUUGGCGACCACUUCAUCCAGUUCGGCAACUUCCGGAUGGGUGCAGUGGACGACAAUCACUUCUCCAUCUCCCACAGCGGCGGCCAGACGAUCCAGAUCUUCCGUUCGGAUGGCACCUUACAUCCCGGACCUCGUCGUGACUGGGGCUUGUGGCACCAUUCCCGCCCGAUUCUGGACGUGCCUUUGGGCAUCACCUUCGGUGAUCGCUUCGUGCAGAUCGGGAAGUUCCGAGUUGGAGACGUGGACGGCCGGCACUUCUCCGUCGCGCACGUGGGUGGCAAGACCAUGCAGAUCUUCCGGGAAGAUGGGACCUUGCACCCCGGCCCACGCAGCGACUUCACAACGGUUGGUCGCCCAAUGCAUCAGUGCCGGGUUGCGGAUGUGGAGCUGUAG